GUGUCGUUGACACGAAGGAGGUGGCUUCAACAGCCAGGGCAAUAGUGCAACCAAUCGUUAGAAAUCCACCCCACUAACGCAGGAGAAUGGGCUGGAGUUGAAUAAAAGAGCAAAGCGGGAAAGUAAAGAUUUGAGCUUCGUUAUUAAUGUUAUUAAACAUUUUAAUUAUUGCUUCCAGAGAAGUACUGGUGGACGCAUAGUAAAGGAUUAUUGGAAUUAAUUAUAUCUUGGCUAGUAGAUUUUCCUAAAUUGCUUGGACACUGGAUUAAUGUGGUGCUGUUACUAAAAUAUGGCAAAGGUUCAGGUGAACAAUGUAGUGGUGUUGGAUAAUCCAUCCCCUUUCUACAAUCCGUUUCAAUUUGAGAUAACCUUUGAGUGUAUUGAGGACUUGUCUGAAGAUUUGGAAUGGAAGAUAAUUUAUGUAGGCUCAGCAGAAAGUGAAGAAUAUGAUCAGGUUUUAGAUUCUGUUCUUGUAGGCCCAGUUCCAGCUGGAAGGCACAUGUUUGUUUUUCAGGCUGAUGCACCGAAUCCAGCACUUAUUCCAGAUGCAGACGCUGUUGGUGUAACGGUUGUGUUAAUUACAUGCACUUACCGAAGUCAAGAGUUCAUUAGAGUGGGAUAUUAUGUAAAUAAUGAAUACACUGAUCCAGAAUUAAGAGAGAACCCUCCUGUAAAACCAGACUUCUCAAAACUUCAGAGGAACAUCUUGGCCUCUAACCCGCGAGUAACAAGGUUUCACAUCAAUUGGGAUGACAACAGUGAGAAAAUGGAAGAUACAGAGAAUACAAACCCUAAUAUGCAGCAUGUUCUUUCUUCAAACACAUUAUUAUCAUCCUCCUCCUCCUCUAAGGGAUUGUCUCUGUCAGGAAGUAUAAAUGUUCUGUCAGAUGCUCACAUGGAUUGCAUGUGAUGACCCAUAUUUACGCAGAAAACUUAAGUGACUACAUUUAUGAAAUGGUAUUCACUUGAAAUUUUACAGACUGUGUCAGUCCACUCCAAAAGGACAAUUUUAAAAUAAAUGUAAGUGAAGAUGAAAGAUAUAGAUAUUUUAAGUAUUUCAACUCUACAAAGAACUGUUUUCUUUACAACUUUAUACCAAGAAUAUCAGAUUUCAGCUAUAAGAGACUGUAUUUAAUUUUGUAGGUAGAACUGAUAGAGCUACCUGAGCAGUUGGGCAGCUUAUGUGACUGUCAUUCAUCUGAAACUAAGCAGUAACAAGAAGUAUUCAAAAACAAAUCUACAAACCCUCCAGCUACGCAGGUUGUUCUUGUUUGCAUCGAUAUCUCUAUACAAACAUACUGUUUUAUAGAAACGUUCUUGUGUUUGUUUGUUUUUUUAAUUAGUAAACAGUCCAGCUGUACAAAAGAGUACAUUUCAUUAUUGAGAUGUUUUAUACCACAAUCAGGUUCAUUUUGUUACAGGCAGUAACAGAGUAGAGAAUUGAUGUUUUUUGCACUCUUGUCAGUUCCUUUGGCAGGUUUAUUGAUCUCAAGUUUGGUAAGAAAGUACUAAACUCUAAUAUAUUAAAAGAAUGAGCAAAAAUUAAGAAACUAAUUCAAAUAGCUACAAUGUAGCUAAUGCUUUGCUUGUAAAGCCACAGUAUCUUGCUAUGGAAUUUCUGUGGCAGCUUAUUUUGUUUGCUGUCCUUGGUCACUGCAUUUUCCACCCCACAUUGAGGUCGCAGGUGUACAACUGAAAUCUCAGUUCAUACUGUCCAUUUCAGAGGCAAGAAUUUGACUCUUGACUACUAGUUAUGAGCCUUUUUGUCCUUGAUGCUAUGACACCAGAAACUGAGACAGUCUCAACAGGUAUAGGGUUGGAAACACUGGGGUUGAUUUUUACCUGUAUGUGGUUGCACAUUACGUUUAAGUGGUGCAAGUUUCUGCAAAGAUGAGCUGAUGCACGACUUGGGGGGGGGGGGGUCGACCUUUUCUUUGUUUCAGCUCUGUACUGUUCUUGCCUGUUUGACACUUGUUAGUGCUGUUUUAAAUGCAGUUAAAGUAGACAGCUUUUGUAUAGUUCCCUAUUAAUCCUCUGCUUCAGAUUUCAGGAAAUUCUGGGCAUGUAUUUAAAGGGUUUUUUGGCUCUGCAGAUUGUAUAUGUAACUAAUUUAUUUGCAUCUCAUUGAUUUGGUGGUUCUUUAGUUUUUGUGUAAUGUGGACAUCUAGUAGCGGAUUGUGUACCUUAUAGAGCGACAUGAAUAUUUUUUGUUAAUUUUUAUUGAGAAAGUGUUGCAUACAGUUAAGAUCUGCUGCUAAUUUACUCUUAAAAAAAAAAAAAAAAGAAAAAACUACAAGCAGUGAACUAAAAACUGAUUAAAGCAACCCAUUCUGUAA